GUUUGGACGUAAGAGGUUCCGCAUUAAAUUUACUACAACAGUAGAGAGUAGGAAGGGAAAUUUACCUGAACGUGAAAUAGGAAUCAUGAUACAGUCUGCAGGAGGUCAAGAACCUGAGAGAACUAGUCUGCAGACAAAAUCUAAACGCUGGAGUCUCAGGCUGAGGUAAGGGUAGGCCUAGGCAGGGCUCGACUGUGUCACGCAAGUGAGUCACAAAGAAGUAGAAAUGAAUGCUGUGCAAUUCGUACCAGAGCCAUGCCAAGGGACGACCCAUACAAAGAGUUUAGAAUAAGGUUGGGAAUUAAGAUAUUCGGAAUUGAACUGGAGGAGUGCACUUGCCUGAAGUGUGGGCAGCCUGCGAAUAUCUGCAGCAUCGAGAUCCUAGUACUGUUCUUCUUCGCGGGGGUGUAUCUCUUUAUAGUGAGUGUUAUCUUGAUGACUCUCGCCUUCAGCACAAGAAACGACACAUCUGCUGUGGGACAGCGUCACACAGGCACACAACGCAGCCAAGCACCGGACCUCCAUGACAGCCAAAGCGACGCCCACACACAUCCCAGGCAAUCAACACCCGUUGCUGGCGUUAGUAACUUCGAUCUAGCAUCACGUCUUCGCGAAUUGAACGGAGAUGAAGAUCCGAGCACAAGCUACAUGUCAGGUGAAGUCCUGAGACAUCAGCAUACUUCGUCCAGACCGGUGGCACCCCUCGUUGGAAUGUCUUUCAACACAACCGCAACAGAACGGGUCCGUAGCAGGUCCACUAACUUCGAGGCUAGUCGACUUGACUUCCCCGGUCACAACACGCCAGCCAGCCAUGGCGAAGAUUCAUUCUCAUCUGGGUAUUCAAGGCGGGACAGAUCCUGUCCCAUAGGCAGACAAAUCGCAGGGCCUCACACUCCCAGCAACGCUUCCAGAAGGGUUUCUUCCAAAAUCAUUCAGCACAAUCUGCAACCCGCACAGUACUGGGUCUAGGUUACAGCACGCAACGAUUUCUUGUAAAUAUCCCAGAACUGAAUAAAGUUUCAAUGUAUUGUA